GCUCUGGUCCCGCAGCUCUGGUCCCGCAGCUCUGGUCCCGCAGCUCUGGUCCCGCAGCUCUGGUCCCGCAGCAUGUUUUGUCCCACGGUUCAGGCCAAACUGCGUGUGCUGCUGUAAAGUUUUCUCCGCUUCAGUCUGACAAAUGUCGACUCAUCAAAGUAUGGAUGAUUCAAAGCCUCGAUACAGCAAAAGACUGCGGGCUGGAACCAGACGGCGUUACCAUGACGAUGGCAUCUCGGAUGAAGAGAUUGAUGGGAAAAGACUGUUUGAUCUGGAGGAGAAAAUCAGCAGUGAGAGGUUUGGUUCUGAUCGGGUGGUCCGCAUGGAAGGAAAAGACUUUACCUACGAGUUCAUCCAGCGAGGCGGUCUGAGAGAUCCAAUCAUUUUUGAGAAACCUGAUGGACUUGGAGUCAAGGUGCCCGAUCCAGAAAUCAGCGUCAGUGAUGUCAAGAUGCUUGUUGGUAGCAGGCGCAUGUUAGAUGUGAUGGACGUGAGCACUCAGAAGGGGACAGAGAUGUCCAUGGCCCAGUGGGCACGCUACUAUGAGACCCCUCCGUCUCAGAGAGAGAGGCUCUAUAACGUCAUCAGUCUGGAGUUUAGCCACACCAAGCUGGAGGCCUUAGUUAGCAGGCCUGCCACAGUGGAUCAAAUUGACUGGGUGGACAACAUGUGGCCUCGACACCUGAAGGAGAGUCAAAGAGACUCAACCAAUUCCAUUAAUGACAUGCAGUACCCCAAAGUACAGAAGUACUGCUUGAUGAGCGUCCAGGGCUGCUACACAGACUUUCAUAUUGACUUUGGUGGCACCUCGGUGUGGUAUCACAUUCUCAGAGGAAGCAAGGUGUUCUGGCUGAUCCCUCCAGUUCAUUCAAACCUGGAGCUGUAUGAGAACUGGGUCCUGUCUGGGAAACAGGGAGAUAUUUUCUUGGGAGAUCGAGUAACUGACUGUCAGAGGAUUGAACUGAAACAAGGCUGCACCUUUAUCAUACCAUCUGGUUGGAUUCAUGCUGUCUACACUCCUGUCGACUCUUUGGUGUUUGGUGGAAACUUCCUGCACAGCUUCAACAUCCCAAUGCAGCUCAACAUCUGCAGUAUAGAGGACAGAACAAGGGUUCCAGUGAAGUUUCGUUAUCCCUUUUUCUAUGAGAUGUGCUGGUAUGUGUUGGAGCGGUAUGUCUUCAGUCUGACCAAGAUCUCUUACCUCGCACCCGAGUUUCAGAAACACUCCCUGGGCAUAGGUCUUAAGAGAACUGAUUCAGCACACGAGCAAGGGUCGGAGCAAGAAGAAGAAGGUUGCUCAGAUGAAAAGGGUGUAGGUCAGCAGUCUGACAAGGCUGCACCCAAAGUUCAUUUGACUCCUCUGGAACUGGAGGGGCUUUGGAACCUUUUGGGUAAACUGGAGUUGCUACCUUCUAACAAGAAGUGUGUCCCAGUAGGGAUCCAGAACGCGUCAGCACUCCUUACUCAUGUCAAGGCUCUGUUGAGGGAACACGCUAAUGAUAACCCCAAAUUAUCAUACACAGGAAAACCCAUCAUCAAGUGGCCGCAGAGACCGUCAUGGUAUCAGCCUCCUCCUCCUCCUCCGCCGCCACCACCGCCGCCUCCCCCCCCUCCUCAAGCACCUUCUCGUCCUAAACUACUAUCUACACCCAUCAACCCACGACCUCAGAAACCGGCCUCCAUGUCUGUGCUGAGGCGCCGCAGAGUCAGGUGUAAGCGAUGCGAGGCCUGUGUGAGGCCAGAAUGUGGGGAUUGUAACUUCUGCAGAGACAUGAAAAAGUUUGGAGGACCAGGCAAACUCAAGCAGACGUGUGUGCUGCGACAGUGCAUCUCUCCGGGCCUUCCUUUGUCUGCUGUCUGUGAGAUCUGCAAAGAACCCAAUCAGGAGGAAAGUGGGGACCCCUCCCUCACACUUAUGGAAUGUUCCAGCUGUGCACAGAUCGCCCAUCCUGCCUGCCUCAAGAUUCAUUGUGAUGGAGUGGUGAAUAAAGACCUGCCUAGCUGCUGGGAAUGUCCCAAUUGUGUCCAGGGGAUCACUGAUCGAGAGUCUAAAGGUGAAAGAAGUGAUGGUCUUCCAAUGAAGAGGAAAUCUUCCUCCCUGCUGGAUGCUCGUAUAGCUAAGAUUUACCGACGACACCUACACGGCAACGAUGGGGACGACUCAGCCAGUGAUGACGAUGGAUCUCAGAGAAGAAAGAUGGUUCUUUCUGCUCGAGGAGGGACCCACUCAUCCAGAAGGGCAUUUGGUGCCAACAGAAGAGGCCUGCUGCGAGGAGGUCUGUCCCACAGAGGAACCAGAGGAGGUCCUGGCUCCACCUCCAUCCACAGAACAAAAAGAGGGUUAGGCAUGAGGGAGGUGGGUCGAAGAGGACGAGGCGUCAGGCUCCGCGGAGGUUCCAGGAUGCAUCGAAGAGGAGAUGAAUCUGAGGAGUCUGAUGAUGAUGACGACGAUGACGAUGAUGAUGAUGACGACGAUGACGAUGAUGAUGAUGACGACGACGAAGAGGAGGAGGAGGAGGAGGGUGACAGUGAAGGAGACAAAGAACGACUUCAUCGCCGACGCUGGAGACGUAGGAGAGACUAUGAUGAGGAGGACAGUGAGGGUCAGGAGUUUGAACCUGAAGAAGACGAGAUGGACGCAAUAGAAGAUGAAGACAUGAAAAGGGAUGAUGAAGAGGAGGAAGAGCACUGGGAUUCAGAUCCAGAACCUCCUGUCCUCCUGGUGUCUGAUUUGAAUGAUGACUUGCUGAGUGGCUCCUACCUGACAGUCACCUUACAGCACCCCCAUCAGGCCAAGACCCAGUCUGGCUCUAUAGUUCCAAAGCUAGAAGCCGCCAUGGGUCCAUGGACAGCUGCAGUAGGUGGGGGUCAGCAAGGCUUCAUCCAGAGGAAAGUCGCUCAUUCUAAACCAUCCAGACUCAGGACGACAGAUUCAACAUCUGACUCUCUUACACCCAGAGGUCCUGGCAGGCCUCGGGUUCGAGGAAGCCAGGCCGAUAAAGGCAACAGAAACCAGUCUGCAUCUUCAGAUGAAGACGAGGCUGCUCCUCCAUCUGCAGCCACCACCCUGAUUCCAUCUCUGCUGUCGUCGCCAUCCUUUAAAGACGUGGGCAGUGAGAGAGGGGGGGACAAAGAGUUGUGGGUGUCUGUGUUUAAAUACCUGAACAGAGCUGAGCUCCUGGUCUGCAUGACAGUAUGUAAGGCCUGGUACAAGUGGAGUUGUGACAAGCGUCUGUGGAGUCGAAUCGAUGUGAGUCGGUGCAGCCCGCUGAGUAACCAGGCCCUUGCAGGAAUUGUCAAACGCCAGCCCGUCUCUCUGGACCUAUCCUGGACCCCGCUGGCCAGGAGACAGCUUAACUGCCUUCUUACCAGACUCCCAGGUCUGAGAGAGCUGAGCGUGACUGGUCUGCCAUGGUCCUGUCUGUCUGCUUUGGUUUCUCCCACUCUGCCCAAUCUGCGUCUGUUGGAUCUGCGCUGGUGUGAAGGGAUCGGUGACGCACAGAUUAAAGAAAUCAUCACUCCACCUGGUCUGGAGUCGUCCCGCAGCCGUCUGAGGAACAUGGUGACGCUGCAUCUGUCCGGUCUGGAUAUCAGCGAGUCCACCUUGAGACUCCUGCAGCGUCACAUGCCCCAGCUGGAGAAACUGGACCUGGCUCACUGCAAGAACAUAUCCGAUUCUUCUGUUGCCCUGCUCACAGCCCCUGGGACUCACACCCACAACAACCUAACCGAGCUCACUCUGUCUGGCUGCAGUGGACUGACAGAAGGCUGUUUGUCGUACCUGAAGCGGCUCCCCUGUCUGACCUUGCUGGACCUCAGAGGAUGUUCGGGGAUCAGCAGACGCUCCUGCGACGCCUUCAUUUCAGACUUGUCCUACAGCGCCCUCUACUGUAUGAUGGAGGAGAAGCUCAUUCAGCGCCUGGACUAACGUAACACUUUUCAAAAAGAAACCAGACUUCUUCUGUUUGUUUUUUAUGUUUGAAGCCUAGCCAACUACCACAGUUUUCUAAAAGAAACAAUAAAGCAGUUUAAUACAAAA